UUCCUGCUUCUGGACAGGAGUGAGUGGGGGGAAAGGAACUGGCUAGAGGAGCGGCCUCCUGCCUACGCUAGCGGCAGCGGAGGAGCUGGCAGAGUGGAGAGGAAGGCAGAGGAGGCUGCAGCAGAGAAGAAAGUGUCAGAGCCGGUUCGGCUUUAGAGUGUGGUGAAGGGUGCUUUUCAUGGUGCAUGGAAGGAAAGCAAAUGCGCAGGUGUACCAACAUUCGACAAGGAGAGACUGGAAUGGAUGUAACAAGCCGCUGCACCCUUGGAGACCCCAAUAAACUGCCAGAAGGGGUUCCCCAACCUGCCCGCAUGCCCUACAUCUCAGACAAGCACCCUCGACAAACCUUGGAAGUGAUUAACCUUCUGAGAAAGCACCGGGAGCUAUGCGAUGUGGUGUUAGUUGUGGGCGCUAAGAAGAUAUAUGCCCAUAGAGUCAUUUUGUCAGCCUGUAGUCCCUAUUUCCGAGCUAUGUUUACAGGAGAAUUGGCAGAGAGCCGUCAGACAGAAGUAGUGAUCCGAGACAUCGAUGAGAGGGCUAUGGAGCUACUGAUUGACUUUGCAUAUACCUCCCAGAUAACUGUAGAAGAGGGCAACGUUCAGACCCUUUUGCCAGCUGCUUGCCUCCUCCAGCUGGCAGAAAUACAGGAAGCCUGCUGUGAGUUCUUAAAGAGACAAUUAGAUCCUUCUAACUGCCUGGGCAUUCGGGCUUUUGCUGACACACAUUCAUGUCGUGAAUUGCUAAGGAUAGCAGACAAGUUCACUCAACAUAACUUUCAAGAGGUGAUGGAGAGUGAAGAGUUCAUGUUGCUUCCAGCCAAUCAACUCAUUGAUAUAAUAUCUAGUGAUGAGCUGAACGUUCGCAGUGAAGAACAAGUGUUCAAUGCAGUGAUGGCCUGGGUCAAAUACAGUAUUCAAGAAAGACGUCCUCAGUUACCCCAGGUGCUGCAGCAUGUUCGUUUGCCUUUGCUUAGUCCCAAGUUCCUGGUGGGCACAGUAGGCUCUGAUCCCCUUAUCAAAAGUGAUGAAGAAUGCAGAGACUUGGUAGAUGAGGCUAAAAACUACCUCCUAUUGCCUCAAGAACGACCACUAAUGCAAGGACCAAGGACAAGACCAAGGAAACCUAUCCGAUGUGGAGAAGUACUCUUUGCAGUUGGUGGCUGGUGCAGUGGAGAUGCCAUUUCCAGUGUUGAAAGAUAUGAUCCACAGACCAAUGAAUGGCGAAUGGUAGCUUCAAUGAGCAAAAGGCGAUGUGGAGUUGGGGUCAGUGUUCUAGACGACCUGUUAUAUGCAGUAGGAGGCCAUGAUGGAUCCUCUUAUCUUAAUAGUGUUGAAAGGUAUGACCCCAAAACAAAUCAGUGGAGCAGUGAUGUGGCCCCUACAAGCACCUGCAGGACAAGUGUGGGUGUGGCAGUACUUGGAGGCUUUCUCUAUGCUGUUGGUGGCCAGGAUGGUGUGUCUUGUCUCAAUAUUGUUGAAAGGUAUGAUCCAAAGGAGAAUAAGUGGACUCGGGUGGCUUCUAUGAGUACCAGAAGACUAGGCGUGGCUGUGGCUGUGUUAGGAGGGUUCUUAUAUGCUGUAGGUGGCUCUGACGGGACAUCUCCACUCAACACAGUGGAGCGCUACAAUCCUCAGGAAAACAGAUGGCACACCAUAGCCCCUAUGGGGACUCGGAGGAAACACCUAGGAUGUGCAGUGUAUCAGGACAUGAUCUAUGCUGUAGGAGGUAGAGAUGACACUACGGAGCUUAGCAGUGCUGAGAGAUACAACCCCAGAACUAACCAGUGGUCUCCAGUGGUAGCCAUGACAUCCCGUCGUAGUGGGGUUGGCCUGGCAGUGGUCAAUGGACAGCUCAUGGCAGUAGGAGGUUUUGAUGGCACAACGUACUUGAAGACCAUUGAAGUUUUUGAUCCUGAUGCCAAUACGUGGAGGUUAUAUGGCGGGAUGAAUUACCGUCGGCUAGGGGGUGGCGUAGGAGUUAUUAAGAUGACACAUUGUGAAUCCCAUAUAUGGUGAACAUAUAGAAAAGUCUUGUAUUUGCUCCUCUGUAUUCUGGAGAGCUACAACUUUGGAGCUUUGUACAGCUUGAGAAAACAUUAGAACAAAUUUUAUUCUUUGCCGGUGCCUCAACAUAAGGAAAUACAAACCCAAUGAAAGUACUUCACCUGCAAGAUGCCACCUUUGCACAAUAAUUUUCAACUCUGUGCAGAAGAAUAUUUAUUUUUGGUUUUAAUUUAUCAUGGGUUUUUUUCUGUAUUUUUGUUUGGUUUUUUGUUUGGUUUGGGGAGGGGGGCUUCUUCAUGAAAAAAAAAGAAGAAAAAAAAAAAGGACAGCAAUUCCAAGCAGCAAAAUUUACUUUCUUUUUAAGGUAUUGGUUUAAAUUUGAAAAUACUGAUAAGGGCAGAAGGGCUAUUUCUAGAUACUCCAUCCACAUAACUCCACUGCUCACAAGGAUUACCAGUAGUGAUAAAGAUAGGUAUGCAAAAUGUAUUAUCUAGCCAUCCAUCAUCAGUCUUGCACUAAGAACCAGAAGACUUGAAAAUCUAAUAAACAGACAAAAGGAAACAUCUCAUUUUAAACAGUACAAUUCAGACGGAAUAUUAAAAAAAAAAAAAAAAAAACAGGAUUCAGAUGCUAGUUUUCAUCCAUGGAAGUUCAUGUCUUGUUUCCUUCUAUAUGAAUCUGUUUUCCACUAUAUUUAAAGUGUCUUUUUUUUUCCUCAUAAUAUUCUCAUAGAGUUGCUGCUAGAUCUAGAACUCUGCUCAGUGCCUCUUAUAUAAACAGUACAUGAGUCUCAUAUGCUGUCUUGAGACUCCCCCAAGAGAAUCAUGUGUAGCUCUGCAAGAGUUUUUGCUCAAAAAUCUUACUGACUGAGCAACUUUCCUUUUGCGGUCUUGCUACCAAGGAUCAGCAGAGAAAAAAUGUCUUUUCCCCAGCAGCAAAUUCUGUUAUGCAGUUUACACCUGAUGCUCAGGCCUGGUGAAGCUGAGGCUUACCUUCGAUAACAGCUUCCAAGGGAGUGAAUUCUUCAGCUCAUGUAAUUGUACAUGCUAAUGAAUAUAAAACCAACUGAGACAUAUUAUUAAUAUCUUGGUUCUUUUAUACAAGCUAUAUAUCAUUAUCUUCAUUCUAUAAGGCCACUGUUACUACUUCUCUCAAAUUGCACUUUCGGGUGAAAACUUAAGAUUUUUAAAGAAAAUGAUAAUUCCAAUGGUUAACGUUUUUUUUUCCUCACUGUAUUCAUAGACCAAUUUUUUUCAAUGUAUUUUGCAGGAAAAUCUUUGACUAAGACUUCAACUACAACCAAAAGGAAUAAGCUCCUUCUCCCUCUCCCCUACUACAAAAAUGUUUGGCAACUUUUGUGUUUACAUUUAAAGAUCAUUUGCACCUUUUUCAAGGAAGAAAAUAAGUAUUUGGUAAACAGUUGUUUACAUGGAUCAUUUAUGCUUUUUUCUAGCAUGUAUAACUUUUUAAA